UGAAGGCUAUGUGGGAUUUGCCUGUCUCCCAAAUCAAGUAUACAGAAAAUCGGUGAAGAGAGGGUUUGAAUUCACACUUAUGGUAGUAGGUGAGUCUGGACUGGGAAAGUCAACAUUAAUCAACUCAUUAUUCCUCACAGAUUUGUAUUCUCCAGAGUAUCCAGGUCCUUCCCAUAGAAUAAAAAAGAUACAGGUGGAACAAUCCAAAGUUUUAAUCAAAGAAGGUGGUGUUCAGUUGCUGCUCACAAUAGUUGACACCCCAGGAUUUGGAGAUGCAGUGGAUAAUAGUAAUUGCUGGCAGCCUGUUAUUGACUACAUUGAUAGUAAAUUUGAGAACUACCUAAAUGCGGAAUCAAGAGUGAACAGACGUCAGAUGCCUGAUAGCAGGGUGCAGUGUUGUUUAUACUUCAUUGCUCCUUCGGGACAUGGACUUAAACCAUUGGAUAUUGAGUUCAUGAAGCGUUUGCAUGAAAAAGUGAAUAUCAUCCCACUUAUUGCCAAAGCAGGCAUGCUCACACCGGAGGAAUGCCAACAGUUUAAAAAACAGAUAAUGAAAGAAAUCCAAGAACAUAAAAUUAAAAUACAUGAAUUUCCAGAAACAGAUGAUUAAGAAGAAAAUAAGCUUGUUAAAAAGAUAAAGGACCGUUUACCUCUUGCUGUGGUAGGUAGUAAUACUAUCAUUGAAGUUAAUGGCAAACGGGUCAGAGGAAGGCAGUAUCCUUGGGGUGUUGCUGAAGUUGAAAAUGGUGAGCAUUGUGAUUUUACAAUUCUAAGAAAUAUGUUGAUAAGGACACACAUGCAGGACUUGAAAGAUGUUACCAAUAAUGUGCACUAUGAGAACUAUAGAAGCAGAAAACUGGCAGCUGUGACUUACAAUGGAGUUGAUAACAACAAGAAUAAAGGGCAGCUUACUAAGAGCCCUCUGGCACAGAUGGAGGAAGAAAGGAAGGAGCAUGUAGCUAAGAUGAAGAAGAUGGAGAUGGAGAUGGAGCAGGUGUUUGAGAUGAAGGUCAAAGAAAAAGUUCAAAAACUGAAGGACUCUGAAGCAGAGCUCCAGCAGCGCCAUGAGCAAAUGAAAAAGAAUUUGGAAGCACAGCACAAGGAAUUAGAGGAAAAACGUCGUCAGUUCGAGGAUGAGAAAGCAAACUGGGAAGCUCAGCAACGUAUUUUAGAACAACAAAACUCUUCGAGAACCUUGGAAAAGAACAAGAAGAAAGGGAAGAUCUUUUAAACUAUCUAUU